GUGGCAACAUUUUUGUAUACUUUUUUCCCAGUGCAUUAUGUGAAACCAUAAGUGAGGCCGGCUGGUCAUUGUAACUGUGAUAUUGCAAAUAGAAGUUUGAAUGAGAACUGUACACACAACCCCCAAGCUGUCAAAAAUCUUGCUUGUGCGCAUCUACGAGGAAGUUAAUUGUUGAAGUUGUAUUAAGUAGUUGUGGGAUUCUCAAAAAAAUAUUAAAAAUGACUUCCAGUAUGGGCAUAACGAUGACGCUAGCCAACAGUAUUAUUGGCGUUAGUGUCCUAGCAAUGCCUUUCUGUUUCAAACAGUGCGGAAUAAUUUUGUCAAUAGUUAUGCUUCUGCUAAGUAGUAUGCUGUCACGUUACGCUUGUCACUACCUCCUUAAAGCAGCAAUAAUGGCCAGGAGGAGGAACUUCGAAUUUUUAGCCUUCCACGCAUAUGGACCCACAGGAAAAUUUUUGGUUGAGCUUUGCAUUAUAGGUUUUCUGAUGGGCACAUGUAUUGCUUUCUUUGUGGUGGUUGGUGACUUGGGACCUGCAAUUGUUGCAAAGACACUAGGAGUUGAUGACUCAUCCAGACUGAGAUCCUCUGUUCUUGUUGGUCUGGCUCUCUUUGUGGUACUGCCUCUUGGACUGCUAAGAAACGUUGACAGUCUUUCAGCUAUUUCCAUGGCAACAAUUGGGUUUUAUGUAUGUUUGGUUUUGAAGGUUGUUGUUGAAGCACUGCCUCAAUUGUUGGCUGGGGACUGGAUGGAGAAAGUCCAUCUCUGGCGGCCAUCUGGGAUCAUGCAGUGCAUUCCUAUAUUCUCCAUGGCACUGUCUUGCCAAACGCAACUAUUUGAAAUUUAUGAAUCUCUUUAUAAUGCUUCACUGGACCGCAUGAAUGAUGUUAUAAAGGCUGCCAUCAAUAUGUGCACCGGAGUUUACAUUUGUGUUGGCUUCUUUGGAUAUGUUGCAUUUUGUACCCAGAAUUUUACAGGUAACAUACUUAUGAGUUUUGCGCCUACGACUUCAAGUGAGAUUUUCAAAUUGGGAUUUGUCCUGUCAGUGGCUGUAAGCUUCCCACUUGUCAUCUUCCCUUGCCGUGCCAGCCUCUACUCUUUACUGUUUCGCAGGGCCAUAGUAUACCAUGAGGGUGCUAGCAGUCAUAUUCCAGAAAAUCGAUUCAAAUGGAUCACAAUUUUUCUAGUCGGUGCGUCACUUGGUGUUGGACUUCUUAUCCCUAACAUAGAACUUGUGUUGGGACUUGUUGGAUCAACAAUAGGUGUUCUCAUCUGUGUGAUCUUUCCUGCUGCUGCCUUCAUCAGAGUUUCACCAAAGGCUUCCAGUGAAAGACUUGCAGCACAGGCAGUACUGUUUACAGGGGUGCUUAUUCUCUUCCUUGGUACCUAUGCUACAUUGUAUUCAGCAUCAGAGGCAGCUUCGACCAAGUUGGAUGUGCCACUGGAGUCAGGGAAACUUCUUCAUAAAGGACAAUCUGGAGUUAUCAAAAAUAAGCUUCUUGACAAAAAUAUUGCAGGUGAGGUGGCAGACACACUGGCAAAGGCACAGGCUGCUGUGGAUCCGGCAGCUGCUGUCAACAAUAAGAAACCUCCCGAGGAGCUGGUGGUUCCAGAUGCGAAGCAGCCGGCUGUCGAGGUGGGACCUCCAGCGGCUGAAGUGCGCCGGGAGCCGCCAGUGCCCGGAGCCCGCCAGGAGCCUCCGGUGCCUGUUGAGCCACCUGCUGCACCGGCAGAGGUGCCGGUUGCCGCGCCUCUGAAGGCAGUGACAGCUGGAGCGCCAAAAGAGGAAGCCGCGCCAGUGGCAGCUGUCCACAUGGAUGUGGCACCAGCAGCAGCAGUUGAGGAACCGCCAAAGGCAGAAGCAGUAGCGGUAGCUGGAGACCCAGGACAGGGGCAGGUGCGGGCAGAAGCUGCAGUCAAGGUGCAGGAUAAACAUGAGGAAAGUCCACAACGGCAGCGAGUGGCGGAGGACGCCAUCCGCAAGGAGGACAGCGAGCUGGCGGAGGCGCAGAGGCAGGCUGACUCGGAGAAGGAGCGGAAGGAGGCGGAGCUGCUGGAGACAUUGGCUCGCCACAAGCAGGAACAAGAGCAGCUGCUGCGUGAGCAGAAGCACAUCCUGCACGAGAUGAAGCAGCAGCAUGAGAAGCUGCAAGCCGCGGUGCGUACCAGUGGUGUCUGCUGUGUGUGGGGCAUGCCGAUCAAGUAG